AUGCCCUUCUAUACAAAAUUCCUAAAGGAAAUCCUUUUUAAGAAAAGGAGACCAAAUGACAAUGAGAUAAUUGCUCUAACAGAAGAAUGUAAUGCCAUCCUACAGAACAAGCUGCCUCUAAAAUUGAAAGAUCCUGGAAACUUCUCCAUACCAUGCUUGAUUGGCAAUAUGAAUAUUGACAAAGUCCUUUGUGACCUUGGAGCCAGCAUGAGCCUAAUGCCCUUGUCCAUAUGUCAAAAGCUGAAUGUGGAAGAGCUAAGACCAACUAUCAUCUCCUUACAAUUAGCAGAUAGAUCUGUCAAAGAUGGAGGAAGAUGUCCAAAUUCUAAUAUAAUAUUGGGAAGACCUUUCUUGGCAACUGCUGGAGCAAUUAUAGACAUAAAAAAUGAGCGACUAACUCUCAAAGUGGGGGAUGAAGAGGUAGAAUUCAAACUAUUCCAAGCAAUGAAGCAAAAGUCUGAACUUGAUGAAUGUUUAAGGGUUGACAUCAUAGACAAGCUAGUGGAGAAAGAAUUUCAAAAGAGAUAUCCUAAAGACCCUCUUAAAGCUUGUAUAGUGCAUGGCCACACAGUGGAGAAUGAGAACAAGGAAAUUGUAGCAUAUGUAGAAUCUCUUGAGGUAAUUCCACCUCUUCCUUUAGCCCAAGCAUUUCUGGUAGAAAAUCUGCAGGAAGAACAACCCAAGAACAGCCUUCAAGAAGAAAUAAAAUAG